UGACAGCCAUAUUUGAUUCGAUUAUGCUGUUGUGGCUGCGACAACCAGUUUAACCAGUUCUCAACAAAAACGGUGUUUUUUCUCCAGAACGAGGCGGAUUCCAGCUUCAGCCGUGACCCGCUCCUCCCGCUCUUCCGCUACGACACUUUACCACCUGUAGUCAACGAUGAAUCCCGAAUAUGAUUAUUUAUUCAAACUGCUCCUGAUCGGUGACUCUGGUGUCGGGAAGUCGUGUCUCCUCCUCCGGUUUGCAGAUGACACAUACACAGAGAGCUACAUCAGCACCAUCGGUGUGGACUUCAAGAUCAGGACCAUCGAGCUGGACGGGAAGACCAUAAAGCUCCAGAUUUGGGACACGGCCGGACAGGAACGCUUCCGCACCAUCACGUCCAGUUACUACAGAGGAGCUCACGGCAUCAUCGUGGUUUAUGAUGUCACAGAUCAGGAGUCCUUCAAUAACGUCAAACAGUGGCUGCAGGAGAUCGACCGCUACGCCAGCGAGAACGUCAACAAGCUGCUCGUCGGCAACAAGUGUGACCUCACAACGAAGAAGGUGGUGGAUUACACCACAGCUAAGGAAUUCGCCGACAACCUGGGGAUCCCCUUCCUGGAGACUAGCGCCAAGAGCGCCACCAACGUGGAGCAAGCCUUCAUGACCAUGGCGGCCGAGAUCAAGAAAAGGAUGGGCCCCGGGGCCACAGCCGGCGCCGCCGAGAAGUCCAACGUCAAGAUCCAGAGCAAGCCAGUCAACACCUCGUCCGGAGGCUGUUGCUGAGACCCCACCCCACCCCCCAACCCCACCCAAAAACCGCCACGACCUGAAUCCACCCCCGAGCCCACAAUGUCUCAAUGUUAACACGCUCCACAUGGAAAGACGACCAGAGGGAGGGAGGGGGAGGGGGAGGGGGGGAGGGAGGGAGAGACAGGAAGAGACAGGAGGAAGACUUUGAGUGGACCGGUUUGUAAUUGUGUGUGCAGCUACAACACCAGACCCCCCCACCCCCCCGACCCUUUCUAAGUCAGCAAUAGGAUGGUCAGCCCCCUCCCCCAGAACACACCAGGUGUUUCUUCUUCUUCUUCUUUUAUCCAAACACACUCACACUGGAACAACGUGACGCCAUUUUAACAGCGUGACGUUAACCAGCACACAGCUGAUUCGCUCUGUUUGUCAAAGCGCCACUUUUCUAAAACAAAGUAAUCAGGAAGUAGCCCCCCCCCGCCCCGCUGUGGACCGCAGCAUGAAUCUCCUCAGACUUAAUACGAAUUGUUCAGACUUCAAAUGAAGCACAUGCUUAGACCAUCAUCAUGCAUGUUCGACCCGAUCACACGCUUCCCUCCGUGCUACUCUCAUGACGCCACGAGCGGCUUCCCGCCAGGAAACGCUCCGGUAACGCCGCCUGCUCCGACUUCACGCCGUCGCCCCUAGAAACCAUGUGCCAGUGCCUUUGUGGCAGGAGAUCUCCGUGACGUCACGCCUCCGGUGCUGGUGUGUUGUCGGCGUUCUCCCCUCAUGUGCCCACAGUGGUGAAAGACGCCGCCGUGUUAACAUUCCUGUAAAUAUCCGUGUUGGGCUGCGUGUGCGCCGCUGGUGUUCGUCAUACUAUAAGCAUGUGCUACAUUGGGAGACGUGACGUCAGCCGUGUGUUUUCCUCUGCUAAUGUUUCUCAACCAACAGCACAACCACGACAGGAGAAAGCUCCACCCCCCACCCCCCACCCCCCGCUCCAGAAUAAUCUAUAAACUGUAUAUAUUUAUACAUAAAUGUAAGAAGUGAUUUGCAGAUUGUAGAGAAGCAAGUGAAGCGAAUGAUCCAUAGCUGGAGUCAGUAAUAUCUCGGCACGUGAUUUGUGGCUGCGGACAUAACAUUUUUGUGGCACAAUGUCUACUAUUAAAACAAUGAAGGAGAUCUUUGAUAACUGUUGGUCCUCGUGGUGUUUUUCUUUCCACCUUCGUCUCAUAAGCCGAGAGGAAUGAUGACCUUUGACCUACAUCUCUCAGGCCGCUCAGUGUUUUCAGGAGACGUUAAAAAGCUCUGAUUUCAACUUCCUCUAAAACAUUUCAAACAUUCUCAAAUCAAAUAAACAGCAUAAGAACACA